AUUCUUGUAAUUCUAGGCACAGGAAUUAAAAGGGAUAUUGCCUUUCUUGUGGAUGGUUCAGACAACACAAGAAGAGGAUUUAAAGAGAUACGUGAUUUUCUGCACAAUAUUAUCACAAACCUCAAUGUGGGAACUGAUAAUGAUAGAAUCUCAGUAAUACAAUACAGCAAUGUAGCUGUGGCAAAUUUUUAUUUUAAUUCAUUCUCAAGAAAGGAAGAUGUAUUGAAUGCUGUAAAUGUACUUAGCCAUAAAGGUGGAAGGCCCCUAAACACAGGAUCUGCCCUUCGGUAUGUAAAGGAAAAUAUCUUUGCAAGUUCUUCAGGUUGUAGACACAAAGAUGGCAUCCCUCAAAUAUUAAUUCUGCUGACGAGUGGAAGAUCAAGAGACCGCAUUUCUGAGGCAGCCUCUGCUCUCAAAGAACUUGGGGUACUAAUUGUUGGAAUAGGAGUAAAGUACUCAGACUCUGAAUUGCAUAAUAUAUCAUCUGAAAAUCAUGUGCUUUCAUUUGCUGACUUCAGUGAAUUACCAAAAAUUCAGGCACAGCUACUGGAAGCAAUGAAACCUAGUGACAACAAAAAAGAAUCGAUAGCUGAGGGUCGUACACCCAGGAGAGAUGUUGUUUUCCUGCUGGAUGGAUCGGAUGGCACUAGGAAUGGGUUCACAGCAAUGAAAGAGUUUGUUCAAAGAAUGGUGGAGAGAUUAGAAGUUGCUGAGAACAGAGAUCGCAUUUCUGUGGUCCAGUACAGCAGAGACGCAGAGGUCAAUUUCAAUCUAAACACGUACACAAAAAAGCAAGACAUUCUUGAUGGUUUAAGAGGUCUGAGACACAAAGGAGGCAGACCCCUCCACACGGGGGCAGCUCUCCAGUACGUCAGAGACAAUGUCUUUACUGCAUCCUCUGGCAGCAGACGACUGGAGGGUGUGCCACAGAUACUUAUUGUGCUAAGUGGGGGAAGGUCAUUUGACAGUGUUGAUACAGCAGCCUCCUCUCUAAAAGAGCUUGGAAUCUUGACCUUCGGAAUUGGCUCAAGAGCCUCUGAUAGCAGAGAAUUGCAGAUAAUCUCAUCAGAACCCAAUUACGCGCUCUCCGUGUCUGACUUCAGUGAGCUUCCAAAUGUUCAAGAACAGCUGCUGGCCUCAGUACAGGCUGUUGAAAUGCCCAUCACUCCAACAUCGCCAGCUGUUACUGCUGAUUACACCUUACCAAGAAAGGACGUAGUAUUUCUGCUGGACGGUUCAGAUGGAAAUAGGAAUUCUUUCCCAGCAAUGCGUGAAUUUGUUCAAAGAGUAGUGGAGCAAUUCAACAUAGAUGCAAACGAAGACCAUGUUUCUGUGGUGCAGUACAGUAGAGACACUGAGGUCCAUUUCUAUCUGAAUACCUACACUUCAAAGGAAGACAUUCUUGACAGUGUCAGAGGUCUGAGACACAAAGGAGGGAGACCCCUCAACACGGGUGCAGCUCUCCAGUACGUCAAAGAUAAUGUCUUUACAGCCUCCUAUGGCAGCAGACGACUGGAGGGUGUGCCGCAGAUACUGAUUGUGCUAAGUGGGGGAAAGUCAUUUGACAGUGUUGAUACAGCAGCCUCCUCUCUGAAAGAGCUUGGAGUCUUGACCUUCGGAAUCGGCUCAAGAGGCUCUGAUAGCAGAGAAUUGCAGAGAAUCUCAUAUGACCCCAAUUACGCUCUGUCCGUGUCCGACUUCACCGAGCUUCCAAAUGUCCAAGAACAGCUGCUGGCCUCCGUACAGGCUGUUGCAAUGCCAACUACGCCAACUUCACCGACAGUGAUCGCUGAUUACACCAUACCAAGAAAGGAUGUAGUAAUUUUGCUGGACGGCUCAGAUGGCACUAGGAAUUCUUUCCCAGCAAUGCGUGAAUUUGUGCAAAGAGUAGUAGAGCAAUUUAACAUAGAGGCAAACAGAGACCGUGUUUCUGUGGUGCAGUACAGUAAAGACGCUGAGGCCCAUUUCUAUCUUAAUACCUACGCUACAAAGGAGGAGAUCCUUAACACUGUCAGGAGUCUUAGGCACAGAGGAGGGAGACCCCUCAACACAGGGGCAGCUCUCCAGUACGUGAUGAACAAUGUCUUCACUGCCUCUGCUGGGAGUAGAAGGCAAGAGGGUGUUCCUCAGGUUCUUAUACUUUUCAGUGGAGGACGCUCAAACGAUAACAUAGACACACCUGCCUCUGCUCUGAAAGAGAGUGGGGUCUUAAUUUUUGGCAUUGGCACCAGAAAUUCGAGCAGAGAGGUACAGAUAAUUGCCAGUGGUCCUACCAAUGCACAGUCCAUCCCUGAGUUCUCUGACCUUCCCAGUGUCCAGCAGCAGUUUUUGAGCUCACUGAACAAUGUGCUUGUGCAAGUCCUGCAGAUGACACCUACUGUUAUGGUUGAACGAAAGAUGGCUGGGAGGGAUGUAGUGUUCCUGCUGGAUGGUUCAGAUGGCACUAGGAGCUCUUUUCCAGCAAUGCGUGACUUUGUUGAAAGGAUGGUGGAGAGAUUGAAUAUGUCUGAGAGACGAGACCGUGUGUCUGUGGUGCAGUUCAGCAGAGAUCCAGAGGCCCAUUUCUAUCUUAACACAUACACGAAUAAGGAGGACAUUCUUGACACGGUCAGGGGCCUGAGGCACAAAGGAGGGAGACCCCUCAACACAGGGGCGGCUCUGCAGUACGUGAGAGACAGUGUCUUCACUGCCUCCUCAGGAAGCAGACGUGUAGAGGGUGUGCCACAGUUACUGAUUCUGCUGAGUGGUGGAAGGUCAUUUGAUAAUGUUGACAUACCGGCCACCUCCCUGAAAGAGCUUGGAGUAUUGAUCUUUGGGAUAGGGUCAAGGAGCUCUGACAGCAGGGAACUGCAGAGGAUCUCCCAUGACCCAAGUUAUGUACUCUCAGUGAGUGACUUCUCUGACCUUCCCAGUGUCCAACAGCAGCUUUUCACCAACAUUAACACGGUACUUGUAGAGGGCACGCCUAUCACUACCACAAUAAUAGGUAAGAGAAAGACAAAACUGGCUUGCUUUAAUGCCCCUCAUUUUUUAUGAUCGUAGCAA